UCGGCGCCUCAGUACUGUGGAUUUUCAUCCCAGCGUCCCGCUACAAGUUUCCUUGCAAGAAACCGACACAAAGAUGCGCGUCGUCGCCAAAGCCGUAGCUCUGGUGGCCCUGGCGCCCUGGGCCCAGGGUUUCCACCUGGACAAGCGAACGGCGAUCGAGGACUGCCUCGGAAGGUCCGGGGUUCCGACUGAGGCUUAUGGGAGUCCAGACUGGCAGAUGGACACAACGCCGUUCAACUUGCGCCUCAACUACACACCCAUCGCCGUCGCCGCCCCCCUCACGGUGCGCCAUAUCCAAGACGCGGUUGCCUGUGCGGCCAAGCUCGGCCUCAAGGCCAACGCCAAAUGCGGCGGUCACAGCUACGCCUCGUUCGGUCUCGGCGGCGAGGAUGGGCACUUGACCAUCCAGCUUGACCGCAUGAACACGGUCGUGGUAAACUCGACGACCGGCAUUGCAGCCGUUGGAGGAGGCUCGAGGCUGGGGCAUGUGGCGUCCGAGUUGUAUUCCCAGGGGAAACGGGCCAUUAGCCACGGAACCUGUCCAGGAGUCGGUGUCGGAGGCCAUACGCUCCACGGAGGGUACGGGAUGAGCUCCCACACAAAGGGACUGGCUCUCGACUGGCUGGUCGGCGCAACCGUUGUCCUGGCCAACUCGACCGUUGUGGCCUGCUCCGAGACAGAAAACCCCGAUCUGUUUUGGGCCAUACGCGGCGCGGGCUCGUCCAUGGGGGUCGUGGCCGAGUUCAGGUUCAAGACGUUUGAGGCGCCGGCCGAGGUAACGUACUUCGUCGCCCAGGUCCCGUGGAAGCAGGACACGGCCGUGGAGGGGCUCAAGUCGCUGCAAGAAUACGUUGGCUCCCGCAUGCCGAACGAGCUCAACAUGCGACUAUUCAUCUCGCGACAGUUCGCAAACCUGGAGGGCCUCUAUUACGGUAGCAAGGCGGGACUGCACGAGGUGCUCGCUCCGCUGCUCAAAAGCACCGGCGCAAGACUUCAGCUGUCGCAAGCCGACGGCUGGCUGGGCCAGCUCAAGCACUUUGGCGGUGGGCUAAGCCUGGACCAGACACGGCCCUAUGGCAAGACCGAGACCUUUUACUCGUCCAGCAUAUACACGCCGGCGCUCGACGACGAGCAGAUCAGGAGGUUCGUGAAUUACUGGUUCACAAAAGGCAAGGCGACGCGACGCGACUGGUACGUGCAGGUUGACCUGCACGGCGGCGCAAACUCGGCAGUGGCCAAGCCGUCGGUGGACUCGACUGCGUACGCACACCGGCGCCACCUCUUCAUGAUGCUCUUCUACGACCGGGUCGACGCCAGGGGCCAGUACCCGGCCGACGGGUUCCCCUUCAUCGGCAACUUUGUCAAGAGCCUGACGGCAACGCUGGCCGGGGACGACUGGGGGCGGUACAUCAACUACCCGGACUCGAAGCUCGACCGACAAGCGGCGCAACAGCAGUACUGGGGUCGGCAUCUGGAGCGUCUUCAGAAGAUCAAGGCCGAUGUAGAUCCCGAGGACGUGUUUAACUACCCGCAGGGCGUGCAGUUGCCGACGAGGGGGGAGUGA